GAAUCUGUGUUUAAAAUAGCGACGCCUAGGCGAGCCUAGGCGUGAGGCGAGGUCAAAACUGGGUUUCUCGCCUUGAGGACCUGAGGCGAGGCUAAUUCAUGAGGCGCACGCCUCUUCACGCCUUGCACGCCUUGCACGCCUCAACGUCUCAACGCCUCAACGACUUGUAGUUAACGAUGAAAUUGAUGACUGUAACGAGUGGCUAGUAGGAAGAAUGGAAGGAGAUGAUUCUGAUGAGCAUGUUGAUCUAGUGUAUGGAGAUGAUGAUCUCACAUGGGAAAUGGUUAGCAGAGCUUCUGGAGCUGAGGAGCCUAGUUACCCUACUAGAGGAUCUUUAAGUAGGAGUGAAAAAGGAAAGAAUUCAGCUGCAAGCUCAACUCCAAGCCAAAGAGCUUCCCAAAGGCCAUCAUCAUCAUCAUCUCCAUUGGUGUUGAUUGAUGAGGAUGAUGAGAAUGAAAUUGAAGAAGAUGUUGGAGAUGUGGGGAAUGUGUUAGCGGAAGAGGAUCAGUACAAUCAGUACGAGAACUUUCAGGAGUUGGACUUUCAGAUUUGAAGUUUGUUUCUGAGUUUAUUUGUUUCUGAGUUUAUUUUUAUGACUUUGUUUUGAAGACUGAAGUUCUGUUUGUUUCUGUUUGUUUCUGAGUUUUAUGAUGACGUUUUUUUUUACUCAGUUAUUUUUUCUAUAAGAUUUGAACGUUUAAUUGCA